AUGGUUGGUCUCAUGUUCAUUUAUACCGCCUACCUUAUCACACAGAUUCAAAGCGUUCGUUACGGCACUGGUCGACACAGAGUCGACCUCAGCCCGGAAGACAACCGCAAUGCGCUCAUGCUCUGGUACAUUUGCGAACUGCUCUACAUCAUCUCCACAUGUCUUCUUAAGAUCUCCGUCGGUUACUUCCUCCUGCGGGUCUCCAUCCGCCGUGUCCACAUAUGGAUUAUCCGCCUCCUUAUGCUCGGCACCAUCCUUUUCGGCAUCACCUUCUUCUUCCUGGUCAUGUUCCAGUGCACGCCCAUACCGACCUUCUGGGAGCAGUCGCCUCGCAUGGCGGACAAGUGCCUCAGUAACAGCGUCAUCUUCUCCACCUUAUACACAGCAUCCGUCAUCAACUGCCUUGCUGACUGGGCUUUUGGGAUCCUCCCGCUCUUCAUCCUCUGGUCACUCUCACUACCCAAAAAGGCCCGGAUGCUUGCCGUCGCCAUUCUGUGCUUUGCCGCCAUCGGCUCUGUUGCGGCCGUCAUCCAAUCGGUCUACAUACCGACCCUCCUCGACGGCGACGAUUUUCUAUGGUCCACGACCGACAUCGCCCUCUGGAGUACCGUCGAGCCCGGCAUCGGCAUCACGGCCGCGUCCAUCGCCACCCUACGUCCCCUGUGGCAACUACUAGGGCACCCGGGUCCCCAAACGCCUCGUUCCGUAGCCUGGCGAGAGCGCUUCCAGGCGAAGUCGAACUACGUUCGGAGCGACGGGUCCGAUCCGCGUCAAGACCCGCUAGAACCCAUGCCAAACUAUGUCUCUCCCGAUGAGUAUGAGGCAGAUACUGGUUUCGUGUUCCAGUCGGAGUUGCCGUCCGUCCACAUUUCGCAGAACCGCUUCAGCUUGUCGACGACCUCGCACCGGAGCCGCCGGAGCCGCCGGAGCCGCUCGAGCAGGUAUUUCGAGACGGCUCCACCCGUGGAAGAUAAACGUAGCGAGGGCCACAGGCAGAGCGCUGAAAACGUGCCGAACGAUGAUGUGGAAUCAUUGGUCACGUCUCGCGAGGACGGCGAUGGCGCUCAAUGGCUGUGCCCCUCCCCUUCCCACGAUAGAUACGAGGACUGCGACUUUGAGGUCGAAGACGGGUUCAACCUGACGCUGAUGACUACAACUCAUGACGCCCCGACCAUCAACUGGUCCAGUCCGCGCGUGUCGACCAUCUCCAUGGGUUUUGCCCCGUCCCAUCGCAACUCGGCGCAAUCCGCCGCUCCGUCAUGGGGCUUUAGCAGGUGCAACGGCACGAGUAGGAUCAGUAGGAUGAGCGGCUCGGUUGCCAAUUACCGUAGCAGCUUCGGGACGAGCAAAGUGAGCUGGCGCAGCAACCCGAUGCACAACAACGGCAGCAUCAGGGCCAGCAGCACCGGGGCCAGUAAGCCCAGGGCCAGCAGGCUCAGCAGCGUCAUCAACGCCAACCAGGCCGCUGAAGGCCGCGCCAAAACGGACAGCUACGCCGGGACACUGGCCAUCAGCAGGGACCCGAGCCCGAGCCCGAGCCGGCGCGGCAGCAGCGGCAGCGGCAGCGGCAGCGGAAGCAAGUCUGACCGGCAAGACUGGCGAGGCCGGACGCCGCCGCGGGCGAGCGGCCACUAUGCCCUGGGGUCCCAGUUCCUGGCGCCGCCGUCGGUGGACUUCCCGAUGCCGAGUCCCCCUCCCAGCGUGUGGCGGGGCAGCGUCACCGCCGGGGACGAGACCGACUCGGCACAGUGGCUCUCAUCCAAUAUGCCGGGGCACCCCGGGCACCCGGAUCCCAUGUGGCAGUAG